GGCGUCACAAUUCACGACGAUCUCACCGUUGAGCAGCACGGAGAAGCAUUCAAUUCUGUACUUCUUUUUUAAAUAGAUUUUUGCCUUCUAUUCCUUUCUUAGAUUCAAACCCCAGUUUCCAGUUAGUGAUACAGCUUCAAAUCAAGAUGGGUAAAAAGUCCAAGAAAACACCUGCCAACAGUGGUGUGACUGAUGUUGAGUCUAUGAGAGAUGAGUUUGAAAGCAACACUGAGUGGAAUAUUCGCAAACGAUUUUUGGCCAACAAUGUGGAUGAGCUGCCAAUGGAAAGACUUGUUUGCUUGUCUCGAUGCUUUGUGAACAUGACCAUGUAUGGAUGUUCGUACCCCCAGCCUGUUAUGAUUGAGGUCCGCGAACGAAGCCAAGGUCUUGUUGAAAGUAUUGAGGAGGAGAAGCAAGCCGAAGCCAAGCAGAACUAUGCAGAUUCGUUUAUAAGGGCUUCGGACAAUUAUCAAAGGGAGGGCAGGAAUGGGAAUUUCAAGAAUCACAAGCAGACAUUUUUGCACCUGUGCUCUGAGGGUGACAUUGGGGGCAACAUGCAGACGUCCGGAUUAGGAGCUGGGCCAGGGGGGUCGGGACCCCGGAAGCCUAUGAGUAUGGGCAUCCAGUUUGUCAAAGCCUCUGAACCUCCAGAUUCAUCAUUGUCAAAAAGUGAAAACAGCUUAGGUGGUAGCCAGGACAGGUCUCAGGGCAACUCGGCCGGAUAUCCUGCCAAAAAUUCAGGCGGUCCACCUUCCGAACCCCGACCCUUGUUAUCGCUACCCACCAGAGGGGGUUUUCAGGCUCAACAGAAUCCAAAACAUUCGAAUGGAAAUUUUACUUUUAAUGGCGGCACUGGUACCCCGUACCGCUUUGGCCAGCCAGCAGCAGGGAGAGGUGGGUUUGCAGGUCGCAGGGGUGGCUACGGGUCUGGUUCUGACUUUUCUAAUCGAGGAGCACAAAACAGCGGACCUAUGGGUAUGGAUUUUUCAAAGGUCUCAGAGGCAAAGCCACUCCUUUCAAAGGAGGAGUACUAUAAGUUGUGGAAGGUUGAGAAAGACCAGCAGUUGGUAAAAUUCCGUAAACUUGCACAUGAGGUAAUGGCACUGAGGACUGACAGACCCAAUGCGAAGGAUAAACUCAAUUCAGCCGCAAAUCGCGUCCCAAUUCGGAUUGAGUUCAACACAGAGCCUGUAUUCGCUGGGAAAACUACCACCCACUUCAUAUGUCGUGUGUUCAUUGACACUGUCACGGUAGGAGUGGGGGAGGGCUCCAAGGUGAAGGAUGCAAAGACAAACGCCUAUGAGGCUGCUUUGCAGGCUAUCCUAAUGCCCUACUUGCGGGUUGUGCAGCUGGAUCCCAACAGUCGAGAGCUUCAGAGCUCAAAAGAAGAAUUCAAGAGUAAACCACCACCUCCUUCUAAGUUCCCCCUGGCGAGGAAUGUGAGUAAGAUAGCUCCCUCGUGCCGAGACUCCCCACAAAGUGCCCCAGCGCCGGGGGAAAUUCCGUCCCAGCACAAAGAGUCCAACGUUGAUGUCGCCUGUUUGAAGCGGCGAUACAAUGAGUAUAAGCCUCUAGAGGACUUUGUGAUUGUUGAACCGAAAAUACCGAUCCCAGACUGCACCCCUGCUCACACACUGCGCCGGAGCGCUGAUUUCAACCACAUGCUGCUUGAGUACGAAUACUUUUUCAAAGGAGAAUCUGCCAGGUGUGUGUUAAAGAUUGAGAAUCAGACGUUGGCGGAUGUUAACGCUGGGUCAAAGGUUUCUGCAAAAAAUAUCGCAGCAGCUCAGGGUUUGAAGAAACUCAGAGAAAUGUGUUGGAUUAUUAAGACAAAGCAGGCUGUGGAUUCGGAUACUAAAAUAUCCAAGGAUGAAAUGCUGAAUGAAUUAAAUGAAAUGAAUGAGACGUCGGAUGUCAUAGGCAAUGAAAACAUUGGACACAAAUUGCUUCAGAAAAUGGGUUGGUCUGGUGGUGGCGUCGGGAAGGAUGGUUCUGGAAUUGCUGAGCCUGUUUCACUGAAAAGUGUUCUCAACAGAGAGGGCCUGGGACUCAGCGCCACAAAGGGCAUCACGGAAGACUUUCGACGUCGUGUGCGGGAGGUCAUCGAAAACUACGCCGCUUCUGAGCGCCAGGAAGACCUGGUGUUCUCCAGUGACUUCCGGCUCGAUGAACGGCAGAUCAUUCAUGACGAAUGCCGGAAGCUGAAUUUGCGCAGCAAAAGCAGGGGCAAAGGUCGUGAUCGCUACCUGUGUGUCCGACGCAAGCGGUCAGCGUUUGAGCUGUUUGAUCACAUCAUGUCGUGCGGCGGGGAAACCGCCCGCUAUCAACUUGUCCCCCCGGGUCAAGACUCAGAGGGUGGUAGGCCUCCAGGGGGUGCAAAAAAUUCCCCUCAACAGAGAAUUGGACAGUCAGAAUCACAGAACAAUCAGGGUGGCAGUAUGAACGAUAGACAGAAUAGUUCCCAGUGGUGGGGCAACGGUCCAAGAGGCCCUCAGGAUGGGCCGUUCUGCCAUGGUCCCAAUAGUGGUGGCCCCAGGAAUGGUCCAAAUAAUGGAGGUGGUCAGUGGAAUGGUCCAAAUAAUGGUGGUGGUCAGUGGAAUGGUCCAAAUAAUGGUGGUGGUCAGUGGAAUGGUCCAAAUAACAGUGGCCCCAGGACUGGUCCUAAUAAUGGCAGUCAGUGGAAUAGUCCUAACAAUGGUGGCCCUAGGAAUGGUCCAAAUAAUGGCGGUCAAUGGAAUGGUCCAAAUAAUGGUGGCAGUCCGGGUCAGUGGAAUGGUCCAAAUAAUGGUGGCAGUCCGGGUCAGUGGAAUGGUCCAAAUAAUGGUGGCAGUCCGGGUCAGUGGAAUGGUCCAAAUAAUGGUGGCAGUCCGGGUCAGUGGAAUGGUCCGAAUAAUGGUGGUGGUCAGUGGAAUGGUCCCAAUGGUCCAAAUAAUGGUGGUGGUCAGUGGAAUGGUCCAAAUAGUUGUGGCCGUGGGAAUGGUUCCAAUGGUGGCAGUCAAUGGAGUGGUCCGAAUGGUCCAAAUAAUGGAGGUGGUCAGUGGGGUGGUCCCAAUGGCCCAAAUAAUGGUGGCCGAAGAAAUGGUUCAAAUGGUGGGGGUCAGUGGAGCGGUCCAAAUAAUGGGGGCCCAAGGAAUAUUGCGAAUGGUAGCGGUCCGGGGAAUGGACAGGGUGUGGGUGGUCCUAAUGGUGGCGGUCAAUUGAACGGUUCCAGUAGUGGUGGUCCAAGCAAUGGAGGGUGGAGGGGACAGUGCAUGAAUGUUGAUAAUGUCCAGGGUCAAAAGCCAGGUCAUAAUAUGGGUGGUUUCCAUGGUCAAGGUCAAAGUCAGAAUGUAGGCAAUUUGCAGAGACAAGGUCAAAAUGUUGGCCAUUUCCAAUCACAGGGACAACAUGUCGGUAAUUUCCAAGGUCAAGGUCCAAAUACGGUCAAUUUCCAAAACCAAAACCAAAAUAUGGGUAACGUUCAGGGGCAAAAUCGUAAUAUGGGCAACUUUCAAGGGCAUGGUCCAAAUAUAGGCAACCUCCAAGGACAGUCCCAUACUAUGAAUAACUUUCAAUCACAAGGGCAGGGACAGAAUAUGGGUAACUUUCAUGGACAAGCCCCUAAUGCAAACAAUGUACAAGGACAAACACAAAGUGUUGAAUCCUUGCCAGGCCAAGGCCAGAAAAUGGAAAAUUUUGGUGGACAAAGUGGGAGCGGUUUCCAGGGGCAAAAUCAGACUAUGGGAGGUUUCCAAGGGCAAGAGCACAAUAUGGGAAAUUUUCAAGGACAAGAUAUGGCUGUUUGUAAUUUCCAAGGGCAAGGUCAAACAAUGGGAAAUUUCCAAGGGCAGGGUCAGACCAUGGGAAAUUUCCAAGGACAAGGUCAAACGAUGGGCCAGUGGCAGAGCCAAGGUAUGGGUAAUGCACAGUGGCAGAAUAAAACUGUAGUCCAGAACCAAGGCCCAAGUAUGAACCAAUGGCAAGGUCAGAAUAGUACCUAUUAUCAAGGGCAAAAUUUCCCAAAUACUGGGUACCCUCAAGGACAAAGUCAGGCUACAGCUAGUUCUGGGAAUUUCCCAACAGUAAGUCAGGGCCAGGUACCUGGUCUGAUGGGAACGGCUGUCCACAACGCACAGGCUGGAUAUAAUAAGUCAGAAGGCCAGCUUUCAAGCUAUUACCAGGCUUCUGGCCAGCAGAGUGGCGGCCAGUCUCCUCAAGCCACUGGUCAGACUUGGGCAGGAGGUCAGGGUGCUUCAGGGAGUGGAGGGAGUAUUCAGGGGAGUGCGGUGUACUAUUCAACUGCCAGCGGUCAGAAUGCUGGCACGUUCAGUACAACCAACGCUUACAAUGCCACAGGAGGGCAGUUUACAGGGAAGGAAGAAACUCAUGGUGGUGUGGCUCCUGCCGGCCACAAGAAGAAGAAGGUUAAAUCUAGCACAGGCAAAAGUAAGAGUAAAGACCUCAAUGUCUCUCAGGGGAUGGGGAAGAAGAGCUGAUGGAAGUUUUGGUUAGGGUUUGGAUUUGAAUCUAGCGGAAGUAGAUUGUGCUGGUUUCCUGGACAUGGAAUAUCCAAAUAUCUACGUAUAAUGUGUAUCUGCUUUUGUCUAUACAUGUAAAUGUGUUGAUGUCAUAUGUGUGUUUUCGUCGGGCUGAGAUUCACAUUUUCAGGUCUGUUAAAGUAGUUGAAAUUGAAAUGUGCCUGUCAAAGGAGUUGAUGAGAUGUUUUCGUGGGUCUUGAAUAGGGUGGACCCCACUGUGUUGUUUUGUUAUAUUUUCCUUGAAAUUGAACUGUUUUCACAAUUUAUCUUUGUGUUUUUCUCUGUUUUAUUUCUAUUGAAAUGCUUUUAAAGAACUUUAGACUACAUGAUUUCUUAGCUAAGCGAUUAUGAUUAUGAUUUAGGGUGACUGUUGAUAUGAGGGUUUAGUUUUAAAAUAAUGUCAUGAAAACUGCUCUCCCAACCACAUGUGCAAACGACCACUUCCCAUUCCCUCUCUUGCGAUAAAAAAAAAUA